UUUCUUCAAAUUACAUGCGUACAGUGGUCGACGUUAUGCGCAUAUUCUCCACGACGCUCAGGUAUGCAGAACCGCUGGUAUUGAGGAUGGUGCCGACAUUCGCAUUGUCACGAACAAAUGUUCUUGGUCACAAGCUUUGUUCCAUAGUUUAAUGGAUUGAGCUGAAUCGUCAGAAGGAAUUGUCUGGAGCGCAAAAGUGGAAAUGGAGUACAGAACAUCUAACUAGAUAAGGUCACCAAGAUACUUCAGUUGGCUGGUGGGAAGUCUUACUUUCGGAAAACGCCUAUAUUGACCCAAUCACCAUCUCUUCAAAGAAUGUUUACCAUCACAGAGUUAGCGUCGCUGAAUGACAUCCAGCCGACCUACCGCAUCCUAAAACCAUGGUGGGACGUCUUCAUGGACUACCUGGGGGUGGUCAUGCUCAUGUUGUCCAUCUUCGCCAUGACGAUGCAGAUCACAAAGGACCAGGUGGCGUGCCUUCCAUGCCUGGAGGAAGCGGCAGCAGGGCCAAACUCUUGGACAUCCCAAAGUUCACAAGAAAGCACCUCAUCAGCAGUUAGCAUGACGACAGUGCAUGCUACACCAAUGGCCACUGAAGAUCUACCAGACAGUGCAGUACACGAGGUCCACAACACCCAGCCCAUUGUUGUGAAGCGAGAGAGCAAAAUGCAGCAACCCAAGGCCACAGGGAUCCAAACCAACUUAGAUUAUCAGCAGUAUGUCUUUGUCAACCAAAUGUGUUACCAUAUUGCCUUGCCCUGGUACUCAAAGUACUUCCCGUACCUCUCCCUCAUCCACACCCUUGUGCUUAUGGUCAGUAGUAACUUCUGGUUCAAAUACCCCAAGACAAGCUCAAAGAUUGAACACUUUGUGUCCAUUCUCGGACGGUGCUUUGAGUCUCCGUGGACUACAAAGGCUUUGUCCGAGACAGCCUGUGAGGAUUCUGAGGAGAACAAACAGAGACUGACUGGCACCACUUCAGCACAGAGAGAGUUAUCACAGGAAACUAAAGAUGAAAAUGCUGCAAACUCAUCUACCCCUAUGCUUGGGAAUACAGGAGUCAAGUUCUCAGCAGAUAAGCCUGUUGCUGAAGCCCCAAGUAUGACUAUCCUGGACAAGAAAGAUGGGGAGCAGGCCAAGGCUCUAUUUGAGAAGGUGCGGAAAUUCCGCGCCCAUGUGGAGGACAGCGAUUUCAUCUACAAGCUCUAUGUAGCUCAGACUGUGGUCAAAACGGUCAAGUUUAUUUUGAUUCUGUCCUAUACGUCAACAUUUAUUGCUGCCAUCAACUUUCACCACACAUGUGAACCCAAAAUCAAACACUUAACCGGAUAUGAGCAGUUCUUUUGUACCCACAACAUGGCUUUCAUGUUGAAAAAGCUCCUCCUCAGCUACAUGGCCCUCAUAUUGAUCUAUGGGAUGGUGUGCUUGUAUUCCCUCCACUGGCUGUUCAGGCGCCCCCUUAAAGAGUACUCAUUUGAGAAAGUCAGAGAGGAGAGUAGCUUCAGUGACAUUCCUGAUGUGAAGAACGACUUUGCGUUCCUUCUGCACAUGGUCGAUCAGUACGACCAGCUGUAUUCCAAACGGUUUGGUGUCUUCCUCUCGGAGGUCAGCGAGAACAAGCUGAGGGAGAUCAGUCUGAACCACGAGUGGACAUUCGAGAAGCUCAGACAGCUUGUGACCCGAAAUCCCCAAGACCAGCAGGAGCUCCACCUCUUCAUGCUUUCUGGUCUCCCCAAUGCAGUGUUUGACCUCACCGACCUGGAAAUACUUAAACUAGAGCUAAUUCCUGAGGUCAGGUUUUCGGCAAAGGUUUCCCAAAUGACCAGUCUGCAGGAGCUGCACCUCUGCCACUGCCCUGCCAAAGUUGAGCAGACUGCCUUUGUCUUUCUUCGUGACCACCUCCGCUGCCUUCACGUCAAGUUCACAGACGUCGCUGAGAUCCCAGCAUGGGUUUAUUUGUUGAGGAGUUUGAGGGAGCUAAACUUAGUAGGGAAUUUAAGCUCAGAAAACAACAAAAUGAUAGGACUAGAGUGCAUGCGUGAUUUGAAACAUCUUAAGACAUUAUAUCUGAAGAGCAACCUCACCAAGAUCCCCUCAAACCUCACUGAGCUGUCCCCACACCUGAUCAAACUGGUGGUGCAUAACGAUGGUACUAAACUACUUGUACUGAACAGCCUCAAGAAGAUGACAAACCUCGCCGAUCUGGAGCUGCACAACUGUGAGCUGGAGAGGAUCCCCCAUGCUAUUUUCAGCUUAACCAACCUUCAAGAACUGGACCUCAAAUCCAACAACAUUCGCACCAUCGAGGAGGUCAUCAGCUUUCAGCACCUCAAGAGGUUGACCUGCCUCAAAUUGUGGCACAACAAAAUCAUCACCAUUCCAGCCUCCAUAGGCCAGGUCAAGUCUUUAGAGUCACUUCACCUUUCGCACAACAAACUGGAGACGCUCCCGCCGGCGCUGUUCCACCUCCCCAAGCUGAGGCACCUGGACGUCAGUCACAACUCCAUCACAGUGAUCCCGCCAGAGUUGGGUCUCCUGCAGAACCUCCAGCACUUCGCCAUCAAUGCAAACAAGGUGGAGGUGCUGCCCAAGCAGCUGUUCAGGUGCACCAAGCUGAAGUUCCUGUGUCUGAGCAAUAAUGGCCUCACCACCCUGCCUGAGACAGUGGGUCAGUUGGUGCAUCUUGCUCAGCUGGAGCUGAGGGGGAACUGUCUGGACCGCCUUCCCUCACUGCUGGGGAACUGUCGCCUUCUACGUAAAAACAGCCUCAUUGUUGAGGACCACCUUUUUGACACUUUGCCUGUAGAGGUAAAGGAGAGCAUUAGUCGGGAGACCAAUGUGUCCUUUGCGAGUGGCUUAUAGUUUAUCAUUUCUGAUAUCUUAAACCCUUAUGGUACAGUGAUUAACUGAAAUUUAUAUUACUCACUGAAGCAAUACGCUAUGAAAGUAACACGUUAUUUACCAGGAACUAGCCUUGUAGUUUUUUAUAACUUUUGUAGGCUUUUUGAAUCCUCUUCAAUGGGCAAAAACAUAGCGCAAUGGUCUUGAAGCCAAAUACUUCGUAAAGGCACAUGGCAGAAGUAAAUUCAUCCACAAACACAAAUAUAAUUUUAUAUACAGGUAUAUCUUAAAAGAUCACGUUUUCACGAAUUUGAUGAUGUAACUUCAAUCACAUUCAAAAGAUUAGGGGAAAUGACCCGGAAGUAAAGCAGACGGGACGGUUGCUUUCACAGGAUAUUGAACCACGUUUUAUUGAUUAUCAAUGCCCUAUAUGGGUAGUUCCUAUACAUGUUUUGCUUAAUAAAGUGAGAGAGAAUGCUUCUCCUCAACAAAGACUGUAUAGCUCUAUAAAUAAUGUAAUAUCAUUUCAAAGUAUAAUUUCAUCAAGUAUUUAAGAAUGUUCAAGAUAAAAAAAAGCUUUUAGUUGCUUCAUAGGGUAUUAUGAUAUAAUAUUGUUUGCAGUAAUAGAUUUUUAGACUUAAUAACAAAUAUUGUAUUAGCUACUCAGGUAAAAUGUUAACCCUGGGGACCAUCAUUUUGCCUUAACUGCUGCUAUUUCUCAGUGAGGGCGUUCAUAAGAAAAGACUAAACAGCUCUCAAGUUUGUCAAAACACUACCUGUCAUUAUUCACAACACCAUUCAGUAAAAUAACAAAUGCUAUUUUCAGUAGUAAUUAACUUUUGGGGAUUAUGCUUCAAAUUGGAAGUACUUUGCACAACCAAUAUUUGCUUUGCUUUUUGUUGUAUUGUUAAAUGUUUACUAUGGAUUACACUCCCCUAUCACAGACCAUGCUAGCAUUUGUGUGUGAUUGAAAAUAAAGGAGGGUUGACAAAAGGGAGGCGAUGUUUUACACCAAAACAAGUUUUUAAAUUAGGCAACAAUAGCAUCAAUUAAGUGUACACAUGGGACAAGAUUGUUAUAUUUCCUUUUUCCAAUGUAUUUCUGUACUGUACAUAAACUGUUCACAUUUGCAAGCAUUCCAUUUCUGGCACAAUAAAACUAGAUCUUAGAUACA